AUGGCGGGAGCAUUGGUGUUGCCAAAUGACAUAACCAAGUAUUCGAAGCGGCCCAGAGAUGUAUUUGUUACGUACCCCCCGCGCACUUCCUUCACUCGGAUCCAAAUCUGUGAACUGGAGAAGAGAUUCCACCGCCAGAAGUACCUGGCCUCGGCGGAGAGAGCGGCACUCGCCAAAUCCCUCAAAAUGACAGAUGCUCAAGUCAAAACCUGGUUCCAGAACAGGAGAACUAAAUGGAGACGGCAGACGGCGGAAGAGAGAGAGGCCGAGAGACAGCAGGCGAACAGACUGAUGUUACAGCUCCAACACGACGCCUUCCAGAAGUCCCUCAACGACUCCAUUCAGCCCGACCCUCUGUGCCUGCACAACUCCUCACUGUACGCGCUGCAGAACCUACAGCCCUGGGCCGAGGAGAACACCAAGAUUCCCGUGGUCACGUCUUUAGUGUGA